CUCAAGCACACAGUAACGAAUUAUCAUCAUUUGACGUUCACUCCGUCGGACGACAAAGUGUUAACUUUUGUCGAUCGUCUUUCGAUUAUUUUUUUUCAUAAAUUUGUGUUUAAUAUUUGUUGUUACUUUACAAAUUGCGCUAAAAUAAAACAAAAAGUGAGUAUAGUGGUGAACUAGUUUGUGUUAAGUUUAUGGAUGCGUGCAUGCUGUUUUCGUCGAGACCUUGAUAACUAGUUCCUUGGACGAAAGAAGAGCCAGUUAUUAUAGGAUCAUGCCCGAAGAGUUCGUAGAAGCAGUCUAAAACGUAAAGUGCGUUUCGUUCAGUGCUAUUAUGACGAAGUUAAAGUAAAUGUUCGCCACCGAAGGACGGCCGUGAGGUGUCUGCCAGCUAGACAUUCGAUAAAUAUUGAAAUGGACAACGACGGAGAUCGCAUGCUUGUCGUAGGGCAAGAUGAGAGUGAUAAGGGCCCCGUCGACCUCAACAUAAGUGAUAUUUUGGACGCGAUCUGUAUCGCGGAUCCAGCGUUCGAUGUGCCCUCGGUGAGCGGCAUGCCGCGGCCCGCGCACGCCGCGCCCGCCAUGCCCGCCGUACCCGCAGCACCCGCCGCACCCACAAUGCCCGCGCACGGACACCCCGCUGCGCUCGCGCCCGCCGCCGCACCCACCGUGCGCAUCGUCGAGCAACCCGCCAGCAAAGCACUCAGGUUUCGUUACGAGUGCGAAGGUCGGUCAGCGGGUUCGAUCCCCGGCGUGAACAGCACUAGCGAACGCAAGACUUACCCCACCAUUGAGAUCUCCGGCUGCAACGGGAAUGCCAUUGUGGUCGUCUCCUGCGUCACCAAGGACCAUCCAUACAAACCGCACCCUCACAACCUGGUGGGACGCGAGCGAUGCGAGCGCGGCGUGUGCACGGUGAAGGCGGAGCUGAGCGGCGACAGCACGCUGGUGUCGUUCAGCAACCUCGGCAUACAGUGCGUCAAGCGCAAGGAUGUGGACGCCGCGCUGCGCACGCGCGAGGAGCUGCGCGUUGACCCAUUCAAAACUGGGUUCAGCCACCGCGCGCAGCCGCAGAGCAUCGACCUGAACGCGGUGCGGCUCUGCUUCCAAGUGUUCGUGACCGGCGAGCGCGGCAAGGUGCGCCUCGCCCUCGCCCCCGUCGUCUCAGACGUCAUCUACGACAAGAAGGCCAUGAGCGACCUCCACAUCGCCCGCGUCUCGCACUGCGCCGGGCCCGCCGGCGGCCGCAUGACCAUGAUACUGCUCUGCGAGAAGGUGACGGGACAGGACACGGCGGUGGUGUUCUUCGAGAAGGCGAACGAGGAGGUGGUGUGGGAGGCGGCGGCCACCAACGUGCACGUGCACAAGCAGGCCGCCAUCGCCUUCGACAUACCCCCCUACCGCGACCCCGCGCCGCACGACAACGUCAAGGUGUACCUGCAGCUGAAGCGGGUGACGGACAACGCGCGCAGCAACGCCGUCGACUUCGAGUACACCGCCACACCAGAUGUAGUUAACUCUAAGCGAAAGAAGCCAUUGUCUCCAUUCGCACAGAAUAUUACUUUCAAAAUGGACGUCGGCGGACAGAUCAAGACCGAGCCUCGAGAGUCUCCGAGUUACGUGCGCAGUCCGGCGCAGCACGCGUACCCGCCGUACGAACAGCAGUGGGGCAUGGAGAUGCCGCAGCAGCUGGGCGUGGCGGGUCCGAGCCCGGGCGCGCAGUACCACGCGCAGGGCAUGUCCUGGAUGGAGCAGAGCUACCUGCAGGUGGCGCCGCAGCUGCAGCCCCACUCCCCCGGCGUGCAGUCCCCGCUCUCCCCCGCCAUGCCGCACCACCACCUCGCCCUCCCGCACCACUCGCCCGCCAUGGGACACGUCUCCCCGGGAAUGGGCCAGAUGUCUCCCGCCAUGGGACACGUCUCACCGGUCAUGGGACACGUGUCUCCCGGCAUGGGGCACGUGUCGCCCGGCAUGGGGCACGUGUCGCCCGGCAUGGGGCACGUUUCUCCCGGCAUGGGGCAGAUGUCUCCCGGCAUGGGGCAGGUGUCCCCAGCUAUGGGGCACGUCUCUCCCGGUAUGGGGCACGUGUCCCCGCAGCUGAAUCACGGCCAGGGGCAGUACAUGCAGAACAUGGGGCAGCAAGCUCUGAUACAGGAGUUGGAGGCGACGUCGACGAGCACGCCGUCGCUGUCGAAGCUGCUGGAGGUGCAGGGUCAGGCGGAGGGCGAGGAGAUGCGGCUCAGCUCCGACCUCUCGUUCCCGAUGUGCGGCGCGGACCUCAGCGACAGCCUGCGGGAUCUCUCCACCAAGGACCUGCUCAGCAACGCGGACUGGCCGCCGCACGGGGGCGGGUAACAUCUCGCUCCACACAACAUAAGAAGAAAUAAUAUCUGCACAUCUCAUCCUGACUACUAACUAACAGGAUUGUUUUUCUUUCUAUUUCUAUGUCUCAUCGGUAUUUUACAUUUUUUUUAUGUUUUAUGGUAAAAUGUAAAAAGUUGAGUAAAUUCUUAAAUUGUAUUUGUUUUUAUAAUACUUAUGUACAUUCAGCAUAGUUCAAUGUUAGUUGACUGCUUCUAGUAUAGUUCUUUUCAAUUAUCAUAGCGGCUCAAGUGAAGAGCCGUCGAUAUAUUUGAUAACUGUAAUACCAAGUUUGAUAUAACUUACGAGCUUAAAUGUUUUCUUAGUUUUAAAUAUCAUCAAAUUAAUGUAUAUGUAGAAAGUUUUUGAAUUCACCUGUUUUCGUUCCCGCUAUAUGAACAUAUUUCAUACAAAAAUUCUGUUACAACCCCAAGGAAGUUAUGAUAC